AUGGUGUCCCCAGCGACUUCAUCCCCACAACCGGACGGCCAUGUCAAUGGCACCAACGCCCUUCCUGUCCGUCCGGGGCCCAAACUCUUUGGGAGCAACGAUGGCUCGUCCUCCGGCACGGGAACUCCCAUCGGCUUCCAGAGACACCCUCACAACAAGCUUUUCGACAAUGUAACUGGUCCCAAUAUGCGCCAGCCGUCACCUCAGCCCACCCAUCUGGGUUUCCCCUCCAGUGGCAGUCCGCAUCGCGUUCUGUCGGAAGAGGAUCCGGGUUAUGUGGCCGCCAAGUUUGAAGGCAAAGAGAAGCAGAUGGAGCAAGUCAUGGACCAGCUGGAAAGCAAAGGCUUCCUCCCCAGCGAAUUCGUCGUCGGAGAGACCGAGUGGUUCUACAACCAGCUUGGAAUCGACGAUACCUACUUCCAGACCGAGUCCGUCGAUGCGAUCGUCACUCAGAUUCUGUCUCUCUACGCCGCCAAGGUCGCGGCGUAUGCUCGCGACGACAAGAAGCUGGAGAUCCGUCUGGACAAGGAAGCGGAAGACCACGCCGUCUACAUCGAUACCAGCAAGCCGGGUGUCGCCACGGUCGAGGGUCCGCGCUACGAGCAGAGAAUUGACCGCAAGUACAUCAACAACUCGACUCCCCAAAACAGCUACCGUGUUGAGACCUUCCGUUCUCCCACCUCGAUCCCCGGUGAUGAUGGCCAGCAGCUCCGCUGUUACUUCGUCUACAAGUGCCAGUUCGCCAACCCUAACCCGGACCCCAAUGAGACCAACAUCGACAUCAUCGGUGAGAAGCGUUUCCUGCAGAAGGCGACGGCCAACACCAAGGCUAUCUACCAGGAGAUCAUCACCAAUGCGGUGAAUCGGUCCGGUCCCGUCAUCGAAAUGUUCGAGAUUGAGAAGAGCCGUGAAAAGAGACUGGUCAUUGCCUACCGUCAGGGCUCGGCCAUGGGUCUUUUCAGCGCCCUCUCUGAUUUGUACCAUUACUACCGCUUGACCAGCUCGCGCAAGUACCUGGAGAACUUCUCCAACGGUAUUACCGUCAUUUCUCUCUAUCUGCGUCCCCUCCCGGAUUCUGAGAUCGCGUCCAAGUACCCGCCCAUCGAGGCCGCUAUCCACCAGAUCAUCAAGGAAGUGUCGCUGCUUUACUGUAUCCCCCAGAACCGGUUCCAGCAUCACUUUGCCAGUGGCCGUCUCAGCUUACAAGAAACGAUCUACGCCCACUGCGCAUGGGUGUUCGUGCAGCAGUUCCUGAAUCGUCUCGGCUCGGAAUACACUUCCUUGACGGAUCUUUUGGACUCCAACAACAGCGUCCACGCGGAACUUCUGGCCAAGAUCAAGAAGCGUCUGCGUACGGAAACCUUCACUUCGGACUACAUCUCUGAGAUCGUCAACAAGUACCCCGAGCUGAUCCAUAAGCUCUACCUGGACUUUGCCAACACCCACUAUGUGCAGACGGCUGGUCCUGCCGAAGACGAUUUCCUCCCUACCCUGAGUUACCUGCGUCUGCAGGUCGAUGAGGUCUUGGAUGGUCCCCGCUUGAAGCAGCUCAUCUCGAGCACUACGGCGAACGAGCACGACGAGAUGGUCAUGAGCGCCUUCCGCGUGUUCAAUGCUUCGAUCCUGAAGACCAACUUCUUCACUCCCACCAAAGUGGCCCUCAGCUUCCGGCUGAACCCCGAUUUCCUUCCGGAGCACGAGUACCCUCAGCGCCUUUACGGUAUGUUCCUCGUCAUCAGUUCCGAAUUCCGUGGGUUCCACCUUCGUUUCCGCGAUAUUGCGCGAGGUGGUAUCCGAAUCGUCAAGAGUCGGAACAAGGAGGCGUAUAGCAUCAACGCCCGGUCUCUGUUCGACGAGAACUACAAUCUGGCGAACACUCAGCAGCGCAAGAACAAGGACAUUCCGGAAGGCGGUGCCAAGGGUGUGAUCUUGCUGGAUGUGGAUCAUCAGGACAAGGCCCGCGUCGCUUUCGAGAAGUACAUUGACAGUAUUCUCGACCUCCUGCUUCCCCCGGCCAGUCCGGGUAUCAAGGACCCGAUUGUCGACCUCCAUGGAAAGGAUGAGAUUCUGUUUAUGGGUCCCGAUGAGAACACCGCCGAACUGGUGGACUGGGCGACGGAGCACGCUCGCAACAGAGGUGCGCCGUGGUGGAAGUCUUUCUUCACUGGCAAGAGCCCCAAGCUGGGUGGCAUCCCCCACGACACGUACGGCAUGACGACCCUGUCGGUUCGUCAGUAUGUGCUUGGUAUCUAUCGCAAGCUGAAGAUCGACCCCUCGACGAUGCGCAAACUGCAGACUGGUGGCCCUGACGGUGACCUGGGAUCCAACGAGAUUCUGCUCGCCAACGAGAAGUACACGGCCAUCGUCGACGGAUCUGGCGUCAUUGUUGACCCUCAGGGACUCAACCAUGAGGAGCUCGUGCGACUUGCCAAGAAGCGGGUGACCAUCUCCGAGUUUGACCUUUCGAAGCUGUCUCCGCAGGGCUACCGUGUCCUGGUGGACGAGAGCAAUGUCAAGCUGCCGAAUGGCGAGCUGGUCCACAAUGGAAUGAUCUUCCGCAACACUUUCCAUCUCCGCCGGGAUCAGCAAUACGACGUGUUCGUUCCUUGCGGUGGACGCCCUGAGUCGAUCGAUCUCUCCACUGUUGGCAAGCUGAUCAAGGAUGGCAAGUCCGUGAUCCCGUUCAUCGUGGAGGGUGCCAACUUGUUCAUUACGCAGGACAGCAAGCUGCGUCUGGAGCGGGCUGGCUGUAUCUUGUUCAAGGAUGCGUCGGCCAACAAGGGUGGUGUGACCUCGUCCUCGUUGGAGGUUCUGGCUUCGUUGUCCUUUGACGACAAGGAGUUUGUGGAGAACAUGUGCAUUCGCGAGGAUGGCAGUGCGCCGGAAUUCUACGUCAACUAUGUCAAGCAGGUGCAGGAAGUCAUCAAGCAGAACGCGACGCUCGAGUUCGAGGCCAUCUGGCGGGAACAUGAGCAGACUGGUAUGCUCCGCAGCGUGCUGAGUGACCGUCUCAGUGUGGCGAUCACCAAGCUCGACGAAGAGCUGCAGGAGACUGAGCUGUGGGACAACGUUGAGCUGCGCCGGUCUGUUCUCAACGAUGCCCUGCCCAAGCUUCUUCUGGACAAGAUUGGCCUUGAUACUAUUCUUCAUCGGGUUCCUGAAAACUACCUGCGGGCGAUCUUUGGCAGCUACCUGGCGAGUCGGUUUGUGUACGAGUACGGCAGCAGCCCCAGCCAGUUCUCUUUCUUUGACUUGUAA